UGAGUUGCAGACGUAACAAUUCAUCGAACUCGGACGUCUGCGUUCAUUGUUUGCUCUCACCAGUUGGACGGGUGUGCAGUUAAAAUGGGGUGGCUGCUCUAGGAAUCUGGUCCCUAAGGAGGUGCCGGGGUAUGGGGGGGAGGCAGAAGGGAUGGAACGUGGGCCAUGUCCUCGAGGGAGGGGUUGCUUUUGACAGAGCACAGGGUCUGUCAUUCCAGUUGUUCUCUCGUUCAGCCCAUGGGAAAUUGUUGGUCAGAUUUGGAGAUUAGAGGAGAUGCCCACUGAACGGGCAGGGUCACGUCUCCGGUUUUCCAUUUCCUCAGCAGUAUUCGCAGAGAUUUUCAUAGGAGCCCGUGGCUUGCUAAAUAUACAUGUUAACACACAGCCUCUUUGUUUCUGGAGCAUUUUGGUUCUUGCUCUCAGACUUGGGUAGACGGAGGUGACUGAGAGGAUAGGAGACCAGGGAAACCAAGUACUGGAGGACCAGAGGCCAGUCUGAGCUGGACCAGAGUGGACAGAAGACAUCUUAAGGAUUCUUUUCGGAGCAGAUUCAUCAGGAUGAGCAUGCCAGCCCCACCCAGACUUCUGGACCUGGCAGGUCAGAGCCUGCUGAGGGACCAGGCCUCAGCCAUUGCCGCUCUGGAAGUGCUGCCUAUGGAGCUCUUCCCACCACUGUUCACGGCGGCCUUUGCUGGGAGGUACAGCGAGAUCCUGAAGGUGAUGGUGCAGGCCUGGCCUUUUACCUGCCUCCCUUUGGGGGCCUUGAUGAAGGAGCAGCAGCCCCACCAGGAGACCUUCCAAGCUGCACUCGAUGGCCUUGACGUCCUGCUUGCCCAGGAGGUUCGCCCCAGGAGGUGGAAACUGCAGGUGCUAGAUUUACGGAAGAAUGCUCAUCAGGACUUCUGGACCGUGUGGUCUGGGACGAGGGCCAGUAUGUAUUCCCUGUUGGAGCCAGAGGUGGCCCAGCCCAUGAAGAAGAAGCUAAAAGUGGAUGGUUGCAAGCCAGGGCCCAAGCCACCCUUGGCUCCUGUGGAGGUGCUGAUAGACCUUUGCCUCAAGGAAGGUACCCCUGAUGAGUCCCUCGCCUACCUCAUCCAGAAAGUCCAGCAGAGGAAGGGUCUGCUGCACCUGUGCUGUAAGAAGCUGAAGAUUUUCGCAAUGCCCAUACAGAACAUCAAGAAGAUCCUGAAAAUUGUACAGCUGGACUCGAUCCAGGAUUUGGAAGUGAAUUGCACCUGGAAACUGUCCACACUGGGGAAGUUUGCUCCACUUCUGGGUCAGAUGGGCAGUUUGCGCAGGCUCCUCCUCUCGCACAUCCACAUGUCUUCCCACACCACCCCGGCGAAGGAGGAGCACUGUGUCAACCAAUUCACUGCUCAGUUCCUCAGGCUGCACCACCUUGAGGAGCUCUAUUUGGACUCUAUCUCCUUCCUGGAAGACCGUCUGGACCAGGUGCUCAGCUGCCUGAAGACCCCCCUAGAGACCCUGUCAAUAACUAAUUGCCUGCUUUCGGAAUCUGACUUGACACAUCUGUCCCAGCACCUGAACGUCAGUCAGCUUAAGGACCUGGGUCUCAGUGGGGUCAACCUGACCAAUAUGAGUCCUGCACCUCUCCAAGUUCUGAUAGAGAGAGCCUCCGCCACCCUCCAGGACCUGGACUUAGAUGAGUGUGGGAUCAUGGACUCCCAGUUCACUGUCAUCCUGCCUGCUCUGGGCCGCUGCUCCCAGCUCACAACCUUCAGCUUCUGUGGAAACCCCAUCUCCAUGGCCGUCCUAGAGAACCUGCUGCGCCACACCAUCGGGCUGAGCAAGCUGAGUCAUGUGCUGUAUCCAGCCCCCUUGGAGAGUUACGAAGACGUCCGUGGCACCCUUCACCUGGGCAGACUUGCCCAGCUGCACGCCAGGCUGAAGCAAAUGCUGCAGGAGUUUGGGCGGCCAGGCAUGGUCUGGUUCAGUGCCAACCCCUGUCCUCACUGUGGUGACAGGACCUUCUAUGACCCAGAGCCCAUUCUGUGCCCCUGUUAUAUGCCUGCCUAGCUGGAUAUACACAUAUCAUAGGCUUUAUUCUGGGCACAGAAGCCCAGGGUAAGUGUAUCUUAAAGCAGCACGGAAGCCACAGUUUCAGAAAAUCUGCCCCAUGUGAGCAGGAAAAGGAAAGGUGAUUCAGCAGGUGGGGGGGAUGUUGACUUGGGAGUUAAUAGGAUCUUUGGAGAGAUGCAUCUUCUAGCAUUAGAAAUAUGAAUCUGAAUUUCUAGAGGGAGAUUCGGGUUUGGGCGAUAGAUGUGGGAGUUACCCCUGCCUGAAUGGUUGUAAAGACAUGGUCAGAAAUAAAGAGAACCUCAGUGUCAACCAUCUGGUGUCCUCUGUGCUCCAUGAAGCAUAUCUCCAGUUUAAACCUCAGGAAACUGCAGUUCCUGAUUAAACAAGAAGGCAUAGCAUCCAUGAUGCUCAGACACUAAGCUGGGUGAGGUUCGGCCCCAGGAAUUCACAGCACCAUUUAUCAUUCCUCCAU